CUUCACUGUGUACACCCGGCCAUUUCUUUAUUUUCUUCUACUUCAUUCCGCCAGCGACCCAAAGGAAAUUUUUAUACGAUACAAACUUCAUGCGCAGGGAUGCGUUAGAGGGGUCCAAACCUUUGAUAGCUUUGAGGUUUUUUGACAACCAAAAUCGACAAAUUGUCUAUGCCCCUCUAUACUGAAGGACUCUGAUUAUAAUGAAGUAGAUAGAGCUGAGUGCCAAUUUUCUACAACUUCAACUGUACUUGACAAUGGAUCACAGAGUACUCCCUUUCAUCCACCAAAGAACACCAUAAAUGGUUUCUUCGAAUUCAUUGAAAGCCUCUGGAAUGAACUGUGGAAGGAUUUGAAAGAUUUCAUUACUGGACAAACUUGCAGGCUCCAGUUAAUUAUUUUGCUUGAUUAUUGUUGAUUGCAAGAGGUAUGUAUGUUAUCUUAUUAGAGGAGUUUGAAUAUCUUAAAUAUUCAUCCAUAGUGAAGUAGGUUUUGAGAUUAAAAUUGUGUGUUGCGGUGAUAAUGGAAGGUUGAGAACUUGUGUGUUUUAGUGAAGUAGGUUCUGGAAAAUUUAUUUGUGUGCUGUGGAGAUAUAAGGAAGAAACUUAUUGUGUGUUGUUUGAAUUGUUUGAUUCACUGUUGAUAGAUGGUUAGGUCACUAUUAUAAGGGAAAUGUUGUCCAAAUUCAUCUAGAAUUAUGUUUUAUUUUUUUAUAAGGGACACCUCUGUCGAAUUUUUUCUAGGAAAUGGACAAGAGUUGGAUAACAAAGGACAGACUUUCAAAAGAGUAUGAAGCGGGAGUUGACAAUUUUAUUAAGUUAGCCUUAGAAAAUACGACGGAUCCUUCCAGAGUUCAUUGUCCUUGUAGAAAAUGUUCAAAUUUGAAAAAAAUGGAUAUAAUGGAGAUAAAGAGUCAUCUAUACUUUAACGGAAUGGACCAAACAUAUGUCAAGUGGAUUUGGCAUGGAGAAGAAGAUGACUCUAAUAAUAAUGUUCCCAAUGAAAGAAAACAAUUUGAUCAAGUAUUUGAUGACCCUGUAGAGAUGGUGAGAGAUGCAGAUGAACGUUUUGUUGAUAAACCUAAAGAAUUUUUGAAAUUCUUAGAAGAUGCACAGAAACCAAUAUUCUCGGGGGCACCUUUGUCAAAAUUAGUUGUUUUAGUAAAACUAUACAACUUGAAAGCUGGUAGUGGUUGGAGUGACACAAGUUUCACAAAGUUAUUAACUUUAUUAAAAGAAAUUUUACCAAAAGACAAUGAAUUGCCUUCCUCGCUUUAUGAAGCGAAAAAAACAUUGUGCACAUUGGGAAUGGAGUAUAGCAAGAUUCAUGCUUGUCCAAAUGAUUGUGUUCUAUAUCGAAAUCAAUAUGAGAGUGCAACUGAGUGUCCCGUAUGUAAAACAUAUAGAUGGAAAAAAAAUAAGAACAACAAAGAAUGUAAGAAAGGGAUUCCAGCAAAAGUAUUGUGGUAUUUGCCACCAAUACCUAGGUUUAUACGUUUGUUUCGAAACCCCGAACAUGCUGAAAGUUUGCGAUGACAUGAGGAUGGAAGGAUCAAAGAUGACAAAAUGCGCCAUCCAGCUGAUUCCCCAGCUUGGAAAGAAGUGGAUGAACUAUGGCCUCAAAUAAGAGAGGAUCCUAGAAAUCUUCGACUGGGACUUUCUGCUGAUGGCAUCAAUCCAUUCAGCAAUAUGAGCUCAUCUUAUAGUUGUUGGCCAGUGAUUCUAUGUAUUUACAAUCUUCCUCCUUGGUUGUGUAUGAAAAGAAGAUUCACAAUGUUAACUUUGUUGAUAUCAGGCCCCAAGCAACCUGGAAAUGAUAUAGAUAUCUAUUUAUCACCUUUGAUAGAUGACUUGAAGGCAUUGUGGAACGGAAUUGAUUGUUAUGAUUCUUUUAAAAAAGAAAAUUUUAUACUUAGAGGCGUACUCUUAUGGACAAUCAAUGAUUUUCCUGCUUAUGGUAAUUUAUCUGGAUGUUUUGUGAAAGGAUAUAAAGGAUGUCCAAUAUGCGGUAAACAAACAAGCGCAUAAGAUUAGAACACUGUAGGAAGAUGUGUUAUAUGGGUCAUAGAAGGUUUCUACCAGAAAAACAUUAUUACCGGAAACAAAAAUUAGCAUUUAAUGGUGAGCAAGAGUUCCGAGAAGCGCCUACACCAAUGACUGGAGAAGCUGUCUACGAAGAGAUUCGUUUAAUAGAAAAUAAAUUUGGUAAGCUUGUAGAAAAGGUCAAUGAAAGUGUAGAGACAAAGGGGAAAAAGAAAGGCAAAUUUAAAACAAACAUAAAACGAAAACGCAAUAAGAAAGACCAAUCAGUGGAAGAUCCAAAGAAUACUACAUGUUGGAAGAAAAAUUCAAUUUUCUUUGAAUUGGAGUAUUGGAGAUAUUUGUUAGUAAGACAUAAUCUUGACGUCAUGCACAUUGAGAAAAACAUAUGUGAUAGUUUGAUCGGAACCUUACUUAAUAUUCCUGGUAAAACUAAGGACAGUAUCUCUGCUCGCAAGGACCUUGUGUUAAUGUCUGAAUCGAAAAAAGAUUUGGCACCUGAAACAGGUGAAAGAAGAACAUAUUUUCCUCCUGCUUGUUACACCUUGAAGAUGAGAAACGUAAACUUUGUGAAACUUUGGCAAAUGUUAAGGUUCCAGAUGGGUAUUCAUCAAAUAUUCGUAAUUUAGUAUCUUUGAAAGAUUGUAGACUAAUCGGUCUUAAAUCUCAUGAUUUCCAUGUAUUGAUACAACAAUUACUUCCAAUUGCUAUUCGAGGAUCACUAGACCAACAUGUUAGAAAUGCUAUAAUACGAAUGUGUUUGUUUUUUAAUGCCAUAUGUUGUAAGGUGGUUGAUGUAUCUAAGUUGGAGAAGUUCCAAAUAGAAAUUGCCAAGACCUUGUGCUCAUUUGAGCAAUACUUUCCUCCAUCUUUUUUUUGAUAUCAUGGUUCAUUUGGCAGUGCAUCUUGUUAGAGAAGUAAAAUUAUGUGGGCCUGUAUGUUUUCGUUGGAUGUAUCCAUUUGAAAGAUUGAUGAAAGUUUACAAAGGUUAUGUUAGAAAUCGAAAUCGUCCAGAGGGUUGUAUAGUUGAGGCUUACAUAGCAGAAGAAGCCGUUGAAUUUUGUACUGAGUACAUUACUGAUGCAGAAGCGAUUGGUAUUCCCAAAAAGACAAUGAGUGAAGAUGUUACUGGAAGAGGCAUCAACAAUGGAAGGCUCACCUUGAUCAAAAAAGAAGAUUGGGAUGUUGCUCAUCGAAAUGUUCUAGAGAAUAAAAUUGAUGUUCAAGCUUACAUAGAGUAAGUAUUAAUAUCAUGUGAAAUGAUAUUUAAGCAAUGAUUUAUUGUCAUAAUAACAAUAUUCUUUAUUUUAGAGAACACUUGGAAUAUCUUCAUCAUGAGAAUCGAAAUAAAUCAAGAAAGUGGAUCCAAGAUUACGACCAUCAGACUUUUCAUCAAUGGUUUCGUGAUAGGGUAACCUAUGCUAAUUACUUCAUCAUAAGUAUUCUUAGUUUUAAAAAAUUACUAUUUUAAAGUCUAUAAUUUAUUUUACAUUAUGCAGAUUCAAUCUGAAUUGAGUAAGGAGUUUCACAAAGUAUCUGAAAACUUAAGAUGGAUUUCAUUAGGUCCAACUACAAUGGCAAUUAAGCAUGAUGGAUUUGUCAUCAAUGGUUAUAGAUUUAGUACAAAAGCUCGUGAUGAUGUUAGAGUGACACAAAAUAGCGGUGUAUGUAUUGUUGCAAAAACUCUUCAAUUUGCUUCAGCUCGUGAUAAGAAACCAUUUUAUGGAGAUAUGAAAUUUUAUGGAGUCAUUGAAGAAAUAUGGGAGCUUGAUUAACGUGAUUUUAGGAUGGAAAUGUUCAAAUGCAAUUGGGUAGAAGACAAAUAUAUCAUAUCAGAUGAGUUAGGAUGUACUUUAGUGGAUCUCAAUAAAAUAGGACAUAAAGAAGAAUCAUUUAUAUUAGCAAGUCAAGCAAAACAAGUGUUCUAUAUUCAAGAUCCAUCAGAUUCAAGAUGGUCAAUUGUACUUGCAUCACAACCAAAAUUCAUAGGUGGUGAUGAUGAUGGUGAUUAUGAGAUUGGCGAACUUCAAACUUUUGAGAAAGGAAUUGGAGAUAUCAAUGAAUUUGAGGGAAUCGAAUCAAUAGUUGGACCAUAUGUUCGACGCGAUUGUGAUGGAAUUUGGAUUGAAAGUUUGUAUUUAAAAUAUUCUUAUCAUUUGUUUAUUUUAUAUACUAAUCUUUAUACUUGUUUUUUUCCUGAAUAAGAUCAUGGACAAUCGUGAAGAGCAUCCCGAAGAGGAACUUGAAGACAAUGCAGACGAAGGCAUUGAUGUAGAAGAGGCUGGUACUGAAGAUCCAAUGACAAAUAAGAAGAUAAGUAGGCAAACUAAGGGGAUAGUGCGAUUGGCAAAAAUAAUUGCUGACAAAAUCAAAGGGAUAAAGAUAAAUUUAAGGUUUAACAAGAGAGGGCCAUCAAUUGGAACUCCGGAGAGAGCGUUACAAUGCUAUUUGGGGAUGCAAGCAAAGUCAAUGGUGUCGAUUACAUAUGAUAAUUGGCAUGAUGUUCCUGCUGCAACUUUAGAGAAUUUUUGGAAAGAUGUAAAUCUAGCUUUUCAUCUUAACGAGGGAAUGAGAAAGGAAGUGAUGAGUUCAGUAGGCAUCAAGUGGAGGGCAUUCAAAACGUUUUUGACUAGAAGAUUUGUAGCACCUUUCAUUACCAACCCACAUUUAUUGGAAUAUAAUCCCACUGCAUUAGAUGUGCCUCCAAAAAGAUAUAGCAUUCCUGAGGAAGAAUGGAAAAUAUUCGUCACCAAAAGAAAAAGUAAAGAAUUUCAAGAAUUUAGUAAAAAACAAAAAGAGAGGCGUGCUGCUUUGGAGUAUCCUCAUCGUUCAUCACGACGCAGUUAUAAAGAAAUAGAAUUUGACCUUCAAACUAAAUUAGGCACAGAUGAGCCAAUAGACCGAUCUAUACUUUGGAAGGAGGCAAGGAAAGAUGCAUCGGGAAAUUAUGUAAAUGAACGUGACAAGCUUAUAGGAGAUGCCAUAGAUGACCUUCUAGAUCAAAGAAACGAGGGGACACUUGUAGAAUUUGGGACAAACGAUAUAUUGACACAAGUGUUAGGGAAAAAGGAGCAUCCUGGUAGAGUAAGAGGCCAAAGUCGUAGUGUUACACAAAGAGACUACUUUUUGAAGCCAGCAGGAGGUUUUAGUGGACUUCAACAAUAUCAAUUUCAAUUUCAACAACACCAAUCGCAAAAAUACUUAGAUGACUUUAAAAAGUUAGAGCAAUCGUUUGAGCAAAGACUACGUAGUCAAGCUGAAUAAUUUAAA